GGGAACCCUCACGACGCGAUGGCGGGAGCAGCCGACGGACGCGCUUUGAUGACGUCUGCCAGUAUGACAGGGCGAUGUCGCCUCUGUUUACCAUCCAACUGCUGCUGGGAUGAAUAACAACUUGACGCACAACCGAACGACUUGUUCCACACGACAUUACCCCGUGAGUGGGGCAUUAUGUCCCGGUGCUAUUAAUAUGAGCCCGCCGUGCCAAUACUCGGCUGUUAGCUUAGCAUGGCGUGGGUAGCUAGCUCAAAACAACAACUGUGUGUGUGUGUGUGUGUGUGUGUGUGUGUGUCUGCGUGUGUGUUUAAUCAAUUUUAAUAAGCUCUCGUUCCGUCUUUGUCUUGGAUUCCAUUGGCAAGCAUCGACUUUCUAAAAGUGGUGACAUAAUGCAAUAGUGUUGACGUAGCAGAAAGGCAACAUGGCGAGCCAGCCGUCCACCCUGAGGGAAUUUUGCCCACUGCAGGACCUGCUGAACGCCAUCCCGGCAAAAGUUCAACGCGGCUUCCGCUCGGUGGUGGUCUACCUGACGGCGGUGGAUAGCAGCCGCGACUUUGUGGCGGUGGGCAGCAGCAUCGGCAUGUUGUACCUCUACUGCCGUGGCCUGGCGCACAUGAACAAAUACAGCCUGGAGGGAAAGUGCGACGCCAUCACCGCCGUGAAGCUGCUGAGCUGCUUUGACGACCUGGUCGCCGCGGGAACGGCGUCGGGCCGCGUGGCCGUCUUCCAGCUGGUGUCGCCGCUACCGGGUCGCAACAAGCAGCUGCGACGCUUCGACGUGGUGGGCCUCCACAAAGGCACGGUCACGUCUUUGGCAUGGAGCACCAACGGCAUGAAGCUUUUCUCCGGGGACGACAAAGGACGCGUGGUCUUCUCCGCUCUAGACCUGGAUCAGGGUACGUGCACCCCCACGCUGCUGUUGGAGGAACCCGGCGGCGUGGUCCAGCUGGACUACAGUCACCAGCUUCUGCUGGUGUCCACGCAGCAACGCUCGCUGCUGUACUUCACGCACACGCAGCAGGUCCAGCAGCUUGGCACCAAGCCCAGGAAGAGUAGCGGCAGGUUCGGAGCCUGCUUCCUGCCGGCUCUUUGCAAGCAGAGCGACCUUCAAGUGUUCGCCGCCCGACCAGGACUCAGACUCUGGAGGUCCGAUGUCUCGGGUCACGUGGUUGACACCAGACUGCUCAAAGCCAUCUUCAACGCUCAGAUUCCCCACUUUGAGAUAUUCCCUCGUCCCGGUCCGGUGGGGGCGUACCGUCCGGCCGAGCGUCAGCUGGGUCUGCUCAGCUGCUUCCCGAAGGAGGGUUGGAUCCUCAGCUGGAACGAAUACAGCGUCUACGUGCUGGACUGCGUUAGCCAGGAGCUGGUGGGCGCGUUGGAGAGCGGCGGGGAUAUCGUGUCGCUGUCCUGCUGCGACAACGAGAUCUUCGUGCUGAAGGGAGACCGAGAUCUCAUCCGACUGUCCGACAGUCCGGAGGGAGCGUGCGGCGUCUCCCCUUCCGCGCCUCGCUUCCCCGUGCGUCUGUCCUCGCCGUUGACGUCGCAAGCCGCCGUCAUCGCGCCGACGGGUUGCGUGGAGACGGCUCAGCCGAUCAGGACCCUGGCCGUCGUCGUGGAGGGCGGGGCCGGCGAGGGGGGCGGGAGGUGCGCUGAGGAGGGGGAAGAGGAAGAGGAGGAAGCUGAGGAAGCGCAGGAGAAGGACGAGGGCGGCGGCAUCCUGAGCGGCUGCUCGCGGAGCCGCAGCAGCUCCGUCACUUCCUGGGACAGUCUCCGUGGGAACGCCUCCAGCGACGCAGACUCCCGCCGCUACAGCGCCCCCUUGGGGCAGGAGGAGGUGUGGCAGGAGCUGGUGGUGAAAGCCGUUAAGGUGAAGAAGAAGAAGAGGCAACGACAAGACAGCGGCAGUGGGAAUCGUCUGUCCGAGAGCAGCUGCUCGGAGUCCACGUUUGUAGUCCGAGACGGCGGCCGCAGCCACGGAGGCGACGGCGCGUCCCUUGCGGGGUUAGAGCUUCCAAAACAGGACACUCCGAUGGAGGUCAGGGAUGGAAAUGAGAAGGAGGCUGAAGAUCAGGAGAGAGAGGAUUCCGGUCGCCUGACCCCCCGGGGUCCGGAGAAGGAGGCGGUGCCCCUCACCCCGGAUGUGGACGUGCUCCUGGAGUGCACCUUCUCCUACAUGCAGCAUGACGGACAGAAGCGGCGGCCGAUGGAGGAGCGGGACCCUCCGAUGCAAGUGGAGGGGGAUGAGGAGGAUGACUCGUCGCCACCCGCCGGCGUGACGGACCAGACCUCGGAUUCUGGACUCAAGGAGCCGAGCGUGUCUAGCGAUGACGAGGAGAUCGACAUCUACCGCAGCAGUCUGCCCCAUGUGGAUGGCGGCAAUGUGGAACAACGCGGCGCCAGUCAAUGCCAAGCGGCCGAUGAAGCGUUGCAGCGGGACGCUCGGGACGGACGUGGGCGAGAAGCUGAGCAGUUGGCCGAAAGCUGGAUGGGGUACUCCGGACCUGGAUGUGGAAUACUGAGUCUUCAUGUGACUGACAAGCAUGUGUGGUGUUUGGACUUCAAAGGCGGACUCUACUGCAGUCCUCUGCCGGAAAGCAGCCUCCAGUGGCAGCGCUUCGAGGACAACAUCCACCAGGUGGCGCUCUCUCCCUCAGGUAACCUGCUGUGGAAGGUGGAGCAGAAGAGCAUGACGGCGUACGCGUGCGCUAAAGUGUCGGCGCGAGGCAAGCGUCACUGGUACAAGGCGGCGGAGCAGACGGCCUUCGUGGCCCUCAGCGACGACUCGGCCUGGAUCAUCAGGACCAACGGAGAUCUGUACUCACAGACGGGUCUGAGCGCCGAGCGUCCGUGCGCCCGCUCGGCGAAGGUGGACGCACCCUGCGUGUUCAGUCAGGUGUGCGUGCGAGGGGGCGUGGCCUGGGCCCUGAGCGAGCACAACGCUUUGUUCUACAGGGAAGGACUCGACAGCUUCUGUUGCCUGGGAGACGCCUGGAAGUACGACACCGUCAGUGAGGCUCAGGGCGUGGAGCUCAUGUGCGUCACGCUGGGGGAAGGCGGCACUGCCUGGGCGCUGGACGUCAGCGGGAGACUCUUCUUCAGAACCGGAGUGUCCUCGGAACGGCCGCAGGGGGACGAUGACCACUGGUGGCAGGUCAGCAUUUCGGACUACGUGGUGUUCGAUCAAGGCAGCUUGUUCCAGACGCUCCUGAACGCCACCCAAAGCGUCGCCACGGUAACCAAGGCGCCAGUGGAGCGGGUGGUGGCCUUCCUGUCUCAGUACUCGCAACGCCAGCCCAGCCUGCUCAGCGCCAACACAGGCGGCGUGUGGGUGGCGUCCGGACAUAACCGGCUGCACUUGGCCCGGGGCAGCCUGGUGGGAACGUUCUGGCAGAACCUGGUCCCCAGAGGGACCGUGGCGGCCACCAGGUGGAGCUCCAUUGCCUCUUCGUGCGUGCCCCACAAAGAGGGUGCCUUCCUGUGGUUGGCUCAGAGCAAGAAGGAUCUCUUCUGCGUGUGGGACCAGGAUGGAGAACUUCGCCCGUCCACAGUCACGCUGCCACCGGAGGUGGAGCUGACCCAGGUUUCGGCUUGCCGCGACGCCCUGUGGGGACUGGACUCCCACGGCCGGGUUUCCAUCCGCACCCUGUCUCCGUCCUGUCCCGCCGGCCUCCAUUGGACGUCGCUGGACCUCAGUCAGCUCGGAAGUGUACGCUUGGUGAGCGUCAGCUGCGGCAGCCAGAACGUUUGGGCUCUGGACAGUCGAGGACUGGUCUACUUCCGAGUUGGAACCCAACCGUUGAACCCCAACAUGAUGCUUCCCGCUUGGAUCCACAUAGAACCACCUGACCAGCCUGUUGGAGUCCAGCUGGUCAGUAUUGAGACAAGUCCAAACGAUCGUCUUCUGUGGGCAUUGGACAACAGAGGCGCCGUCUUUGUCAGGACGGGACUUAGUGAUGAGAUGCCUGUCGGGACAAAUUGGGACCUGGUACCAGGUCUGAGCGUCAGUCAGCUGGUUCUGAGUUGUCGGACAGUUUGGGUCCGAUGUGUCAAUGGAGACGUGGCCCGGCGUUACGGCGUCUCUGAUAGAAACCCGGCUGGAGACUACUGGAAGAAGAUCCCAGGAAACGCCAACUGGUUGACUGUCACUCCAGACGACGACCUUUGGGCGGUGACCGCGAUUGGCGGACUGUCCCGUCGGAUGACAAAGCUCCUCCCACAAACACCCUGUCACCCCGCCCCUUCCGGGAAAAACGCUGGCGACGAUGUUGACGACGAGUGGGAGCUCCUCUGAUGCCGUCCGUUGUGGACUUCUGUAAGAUAGCUGAAACUUCUUUUAACACCUUCCCAUGAAAUGAGAAUGCACUUUAAGGCUGAGAGAUGGCUUGAACUCGCUCAAACUGUUUCCAAACGGGUCUAACGGGUGUCGAAGAUCAAAGGACUGUACAGUACAGCGAGGAGGAGUAUGACGGUGUUUUUAAGGGAUUUAAGUGAUGGUGGAAACACUCUUGGGGGUACAGGAAAUUCUCCCCCUGUUGUACUCUAGUAAAGUACAUAUGUGUACAUCCUCACGCCACACUCUGGGGGACUAAGAUUCGCCUGGACUCUCGCAGAUGCUCUGGACACCAAUGGAGUGAUGGACGCAAAAGAUCUCUCGUGCCACUGGGAACUCUCAGGCGAACAAGGAAUCCAUCUUCCACCUAUGAUGAACUGUCUACAGUACACUUAUGCAGAUUUCAACUUACCUUGAAUCCACUUGAUAGACUCACCUGGACGUCCAGUGGAUUGGGGUUGAAGAAAACUUGGGGGAAUAGGGAGUAUUCCACCUGAGCAAGCCCCCUCUGACCUACCCUAGUGGACUAUGUAUGUACACAUACUCUACUCUCUGGUGGACACUCUGGGCACUGGUGGAUUGUGAUGGACUUGAGGUUCUACUGGACUACAUACGCACAUGCUAACUUAAGAUGACUUGUAUGACCUUGACUGCAUUCUGGUAGACUUUGUUAGACUCACCCGGACUCACGCAGAUGCUCUGGACUUCAGUAGACUCUGAAGAACUCUCAUGAACUCUAGUGCCACUCGGUUCAAGAACUCUUAGCUCCCGCCUGGGCGAACCUCCCAUGAUGGACUCUAAUAGACUACACUGUGACUUCAGCAGACUUGACUAACCACGGUUACUCGAGCAAGCUUUGAUAGAUUCAAGCGGACUCGACCGGACUCUUUAGAAGUACAUCCACUUGAAUGGACACCGGAUGUUUUGAGUGUUGGGUCAGACCCGGAACCUGGGAAGUGAUGUCGUUCUGCUAUGUGUUGAUUGGUUGAAGACUUACCCAUGAACGAAUUAAACUCAGAAGCUGCUGAGCAUAGAAUCUCUUGAGUGUCCUUGACUUUAUUACACAAUCGAAACACAACAAUGUACACGGGCUCAUGGUUCAGACUCGAGGAUCACAAGACUGUUUACGUCAUCACAAACAUCUUUUAGUCUGUUUUCAUAGUAACAGAAAGUGAUCGGUUGGAAACUCACCCAUAAACGUAAUAAACACAGAAGCUGCUGAGUCCAGUGUCACUUGAGUGUUUG